AUGACUACCGUAUCUCCAGAGGAAGAGAAUUUUGUGCGUUAUUCCAUGCUGCUUACAGGGGUUGCACCAAGAGCCAUACGUGUGCUAUUUGACAGAGAAUUGCCGCCUCCUCUUAGCAGAUUCGUUAAUAAUCAUUCAGCUGAAUUCGAUUCAUUGAAGUACAACAGAAUAAUUAACAAAUCGCAAUGGACAAUAUUGAAUGGAAACAACCCAGUUUCUGAAGAUCUAGACUUGACAUUAAUGGUGUGCCUUCUCCGUAACUUUUCCAAAGUUAAACAACCUGGCACAGGGUAUGACAAGUUACCAGCACCUGCAGAUAAAAGCGAAGGAGCUGAUUUGGCCAGGAUCAAACAUUACCGAAACAUAAUGGCACAUAUUGACCAGAAUAGAAUAUCAAAUGCAGAUUUUGUGAACCAGUGGUCAGAAAUAUCAGAGGCCAUUGGAAGAUUGGGAGGUUCAGUUCUAGUUCAAGAAUGUCAAAAUCUCAGAGUAGCAAAGCUCGACCAAUCCAACAAACAUAUAAUGGUAGAGCUAAAGAGGUCUUUCUCACAAAUUGAGGAUAUAACCAGAACGACGGAAGAGCAAGCUAAAAAAAUAGAACAUUUAGAACAGUUUUACGCACGUAGGCUGGAGCAAAUGGACAAGCAACAUGCAAUGGACAUAAGUGAAAUUGAAAAAAAGAAACUUGAUGUAAUAUCUAAAGACCAAUACGAUUUUUUUUCUUCAAUUAAAGAAACAUGGAAGAAUAGAAUGAAAACUUUCAAAGUAACUGAUUGUGUUAAAACAGUUUUGGAAACAGUUCAACAAGAACAAUGUGUUAUUAUUACAGGUCUCCCUGGCAUUGGAAAGUCAAUAAUAGCAUAUUAUGUAGCUUUUCAUCUAGAAACAACACAAGGGUUUGAUGUUUUACCAGUUUCAUACCCAACAAGUAUCAUUGAUUACAGAAGGGGUAGUUCAAAACAGAUCUUUUUAUUUGACGAUGUUGUAGGGAAGUACUCGCUAGAUGAGAAUGGGGUAAAUCAGUGGGAAAGAUUUGAAAAUGACUUGAUUCAAUAUCUUAUUAAGAGGCCCGAUGUUAAGAUUUUGAUGACUUGCAGGAGUAAUAUCUUUGAAGCAAACCAAAACUGCAAAUUGGGAAUCUCAUUAGUUCAAUGUAAUUUGAUGUCGAAAGAAUUGAAAUAUUCUUUGAAAGAUUUAAAACUCAUUGCACAGAGCUAUAUUUCAGAUGACUUGUUAGAUGAAUUAAGUGACGACAUAAUCAAUAUGUAUCCUUUUUUCCCUCUACUCUGUUAUACAUUUGAUAGUAAAAGACAUAAACCGAAUAUUUAUUUCCAAACCCCCGACUCUAUUAUUAAAACAGAAAUCAAUCGAAUGAAAGCAAAGCCAAACGUAUCGUUCUUAGCAUUAGGUUCACUUGUAAUAUUUGAUAACUAUGUUGAUAAGAAUAUAUUCAAACUUGAUAACACACAUAAUGAUCAUAUUAUUAGAUGCUUAUGGGAUGAAUCGAAAAGCACUGUACCCUUCUCAAAGCAUGCACUAUUGUUAGGUAUGACAAUACUAAGUGAAACCUAUAAAUAUGUGAAAGACAUGGAUACUCAUUUUUCACUAAUCCAUGACAAAUUAUACGAUAUUGUAUCGUUCAAUGUUGGGCCAUUUUUUACGAAAUGUAUAUUAUUAUAUGGUAGCAGCAAGUUUAUUAAAGAUAGGAUUCAAUUUGCGUCAUUAAACAUUAAAUUGAGCGAAUAUAACAUCCUAAUAGAUAAGGAAGAUGAAGCCAUUUAUUUUCAACGCCUUGUACGUUUGAUUGAAGAAGGACAGAACUGGGAAGUUUUCGGGAACUGUCAAACACAAACAAUUUUUUAUCGUGAAUCUUUCAUCAAAUUCAUGGAAAGUAAAAGUACAAGGCUCACGUUUAAAAGUUGCUGCGACUCCGGCCAUACAGCUCUACAUGUCUGCUCGUCAUUAGGUUACGAAAACUUCUGUUUUUAUCUUUUAACAAGUGGACAUAUUCCUGUAGACGCACUGGAUAAUAUUGGUAGGACUCCAAUGCAUUAUGCAUGUUACAAAGGACAUUCCGGUGUUACAAAUCUGUUAUUGAAUCACCGAGCUUUAGUAAACCGAGCAGACCAUCAAAAAGUAACAGCCUUACAUUUGGCUUGCUAUAAGGGACAUAGAAAUGUAGCUGAAAAAUUGCUUGAAAAGGGUGCCGAAAUCAAUCAAGUAUGCAAAAAACAAGUAUCAGCACUCCAUUUGGCUUGUCGUGAAGGACAUACGAAAAUAGCGGACCUACUGUUAGAGCACAAAUCUGCCGUUAAGAAGAUAGACGAAUAUGGUUGGACUCCACUGGCGCUAGCAUGCCAUAUAGGCAAUAUAGAACUUACUAAACUUUUAUUGACACAUAAGGCACCUGUUAAUCAACGACAGAAAGGUAAAAUGGCUCCUCUAAAAAUGGCAUGCGCAAAUGGCCAUCAAAACAUUGUUAAACUUUUAUUAGCAAACUCUGCAUCAGUUAAUGAUGCUGACAUUGAUGGAUGGACACCUCUUGGUAUGGCCUGUAUAAAUGGUCAUGAAAAUAUUGCUACACUUUUACUCGACCAUUGUGCGUCAGUUUAUAAGGCCAACAAAGAUGGAGAUACUCCUUUGCAUUUAGCUUGUGAAUAUGGACACCAGGAUAUAGUGAAACUUUUACUUCAUCAUAAAUCACCAGUUAAUCAAGUCAAUAAGAAACUAAGAACACCACUUCAUAUAGCAUGCUCUAAUGAUUAUACUCGUAUAGUAAAAUAUUUACUAAACAUUGAUGCUGUGCUUGUUGAUAAAAAGGACAUAAACGGGUGGAAUUGUCUUAGUACAGCUAGCUAUAUAGGAAGCAAAGAUAUAUCGGAACUCCUCUUAAAACAGCAUGUUUCAGUUGAUCACCCUAACACUGAUGGAAUUACGCCCUUAUAUCUUGCCUGUGAAAACGGCCAUACAGAUGUUGUUGUAUUAUUGCUAAAAUACGAUGCAGUAGUUAAUCAAACUAACAAACGGGGGUGUAGCCCUCUGUAUAUUAGUUGUCAGAGUGGUUAUGAAGACGUAGUAUCAGUUUUACUAUUAAAUAAUGCUUCCGUGAAUACUGCUAAUUACGAACAUUGGGCACCACUUCAUAUAUCCUGCAAUAAAGGGCACAAAGAUAUAGUGGAAAAACUUCUCGCAUGCCAUGCAUCAAUUAAUCAGAUUGGAGAUAAUCUGUGGACACCUCUACAUAUAGCUUGUCAUGAGGGUCACACUCAUAUAGUGAAAUCACUACUUAAAUACGAUGUAGACGUAAAUCGAAGAACAGCUAACGGAUCUGCUCCACUUAAACUGGCUUGUCAGGAGGGACAUCUUAAAAUAGUGGAACUUUUACUAUUAAGCCAUGCGUUAGUUAAUCAGGCUGAUAAUAAUAAUUUCACAUCGCUCCAUAUAGCUCGUGAGAAUGGUCAUAUUGAUAUAGAAAAUUUAUUAUUGAAAUAUGAUGCAAAAGAAAAAUCAAUACCUGAAAUGACAUUACCAAAAUUCAGUAAAUAG